AACAAGAGUGCGUAUCCAAGCACGCUACUGGGUGUAUUUUUGUAGAUUUUGUUAUAGACAAUUUCAUGUGUUAAUGGACCGUCAUAACUGAAGGUGACAUUGUGUGCCGUGAACCUAUAGGCCUAGACAUGUUUCUCGUUUAAUUGGAGUUGGAAAUCACACAUGGUUUUGUUCACGCACUAAUCGAACCAGACAUUGGCCUGGUGACACCAUGUGAGGAUCUCCCGUGUCUUGUUUUGGUGUUAUGAUUGUGUACAGUCGCACGGAAGUGAAAUCUAGCCUUGUCAGUGAUCACGUGUCGGCGUUGUAAGUUUUCGUAUGAAAUGAAAAUGUGAUUAUGGAUCAGGUGUGGAAUGUAAACACUGGGAAAGUGUGUCCUGUUCGCAACUGCGCCGCUGGAAAUUUCCGCAGUGACUGAUUAUUGAUUAUUGCCCAAUACCUGACAGUGACCUGGUGACAAUAAUAUUUGAUAACAUCUUUUUCAUGUACAAGAAGUACAAGGUGACCCAAAAGAUGGGUACUAGCAGCAGCGUGAGUAGUUCCCGCCCCGCCUCCAGUCGAGGUGAUGCUGGGAGGAGGACGAGGUCCCCUACGGCCACUAGCCCAAACAGACCUGCGGUCACUUCACAGAACAGCCAGGUGGCCAAAGACGUCAUGAUCAGCUACAGCCAUGCUGACAAGGAGAUGAUGGCCAACGUCAAAGAUGUACUGGAAUCUAAUGGGGUCAGCGUAUGGGUAGACGUUGUCGGCCUCAACGCUGGUGUGGACUUUCUCAGCAAGAUUGGACAAGCCAUCAUUGAUGCCAAGCUCUUCAUCCAGCUGCUCAGCAAGAACUGUGUCAAGUCCAAGUACUGCCAAGAUGAGCUGGCGCUGGCCUACGUCUCCAACACUGCCAUCUUCCCCAUCACUCUGACCAAACCCAAGGAACUGUACCCACAUAUGGACACCGGCAUGAAGCUCCAGCUGGCUGGCUAUCAGUGGGUGGAGAUAUGGGAAGAAGGCACAUUUGACACCAAGAUGGCGGAACUCAUCCCCAUGCUGAAGGAGGCCCUGGAUGAGAAGGACAAGGAUGCAGAGACCGAGAAGAAAGAUAGCUCUAAAGAAAAGAGGACAAAAUAUCAACGACCGAAGUUAACACGACAACAGACUCGUCAGAAUCUGCAUCGGAAGAAAGCUAAGAAUGAGCGGGUCAGCAGAUCUGACGAGAUAUUGAACUUGAUGCCCGACGACUACUGGAAGAAGUUCUAUGUAGGGGACAAUGUGGCUUGGAACAAGUUUGUGGAGACCUUCAUGUCGCUGUACAAGUGCCCCCUGGAGGAGAUGUUCAGCAGCAACGACCAGACGUGGCUGGUCAGCAUCCUGAGGAGGGAGAUGGAGAUUGAUGACGACGGCAUGCUCAGCAAAACCUCCUUAAUAGAUUUCUGUACUGUGGACGGGGAGGAGUUUCCCCUGUGGAAGCGGGUGGAGGAGCAGGCGAAGGAGAGCUACGCCAUGAAGGAAGUGUUUGACAUGGACUCCUCCGUCAGAGUGGAGGCCAUAGAGAAUCUGGGUCGAUUCAGAAGUCUUGCCGUCAUUGAUGCCUUGAGAGAUCUGUUGACGGACUCGGACGCCAAUGUGCGAGCAGUCGCAGCAGUGUCGUUGGCCAGGACGGAGGCGAAUGACAGUCAGACGGUGAAGCACCUGCUGAAGAUCCUCAAUGACAAGGACCGUCUGGUGCGGGAGGCGGGGUGUCUGGCUCUCGGUCAUCUGCAGGCGCAGACCGCGGUGAAGAAACUGCUGCACAUGUGGAGGAACGACGUCAUAUCCCAUGUGAGAGAAGCGGCGGCCGUGGCGCUACAACAGAUCGGCGGGGACGAGGUGGACAAGGCCAUGCAUGUAACAACAGUCCUGGCCGACGAGAUCCGACAGUUAACUGCCGAAUAAUGGCGAGUAGCAUAACUUGUCAGGAAUGUCCCAGUUCGUCACCAUAGCAACCAUGUCACAGAGACCCGACACAACCUUGUAAAACUUACUUGUGUUUCACAGUGAUAUUGUCAAAUUAUAUUUUUACCUGAAGUCUUGAUUCAAGGUUGAAUUAAGGUUCUAGAAGAGAAAUAUGUAUACAUGUAGAAUACUUUUACCUGCCCAGGUACCUGGGUACUUCAAUAACUACCCUGGGUUUACCUUGCCCCAGGUGCCAGGGUACUCGUCUCAGCCCUAGUAAAUUAUCGGUAUGCCUCUGCUGGCAGACUUUGCUGGAGCCAGUAAUUCAUUCUUAUACUUAAACUUGCAUCGACAGUCAUGUAAUUAUAUGCAGUGACAAUUUUGAAAGCCUUUCCGAGCAGUUAGUCCAGACAGUUGAUUUAGUGCCAAGUAGAUCUUGUAUUGAUUCACUGUCUUUGUGCUGGCUGCAGCUCAGGGGAGGAGAGAAGAUUCCCCGUUGUGACGGAGCUAACCCCCCCG